AUGGAUAGUUAUAGCUCGUCGAUUCGCGAGGAGCAGAAAGCCAUUCUCAACGGUCUUUUAGGUAUUCUUUUCGCUGACGGUUAGUCUUAGCAGUUAGCGUGCCUCUCGUGCGUGUGCAUGCGACUGGUCUCCGUGAGAAUUGAGAUGAAACACCUUCUGAAACUGAAAGGCAAUGUGUUUUGUUUAGGAAUCAUUUAUGACAACUACGACACGACGAGAAGGAUACAGCAGUCUGUCGAUGGAAUCUAUCGGUAAUAUUCAUUUUGAACGUUCUAUGGCGCAACUUGCACUUUCAGAAUGGUCGUCGCCCUCCUGCUCAUCAUUAUUGCUCUCAUCAUCAUCGCCAUCUUUCUCAUCUGCUUUUUUCACUGCCGUCGGAACCAGGAGGAGAGGUCGCCGCUUCACUCGAAUCGCAAGAGUCAUCCCAUUGAAAUCUGA